GACCUGGAGUGGACCAGUAAUCUGUUGCUAGACUCUGGAGAGAGACUGUUCUUAGAGGAAGAGGAGGAUGAAGAAGAAGAGGGUGGAGGAGGGGAGGAUGAUGAUCUGGACUUGGCCGUGGGGGUGGGGCUGGACUGUCAAGGGGGGCUGGAGGGGAGGACAGAGAGAGAGGUUGCGCCCCCAGGAGGGCAGGAGGCAGAAGUGCAGGCUUCGGCCUCCAGCUGUUCUGAUAGUGAGAGGGUUGUUGUAAUGGGAAGAAGGGAGGAGGGGUGGAGGACAGGGGGAGGCGUGGAGGGAGGGUUAGGGGAGGUUAGUGGACUGAACCAUCCUGUGUCUUGGGGUGGGGGCGGCUCAGAGGAAGAAAACACCCCGUUGGGAGAGUCCACUCGUCUGGAGCCCAGACCACCAGGAAGAGAUGUCGCAGAGCAGGAAGUGGCUCGGGGCUCGGAGAGCGGAGCUAGAGCGGAGCAGUGGGAGAAACGGGGGGAGGAGGAGGGAGACGAGGAGGUGACCCAGUCGCUCCUAGCCCAGCUGGAGGAGAUGGAGAGAAGAGAGGAGGAGGAGGAGAGAGAGGAGAGGAAGGGGAGGAUGGAGAGGGAGGAGAGGAGGAUCAGGCACUUGGACAUCCAGAGUGUUGAACUGAAGCUGCCUACAGAACUGGCCCUGCAACUGUCUGAGCUGUUCGGCCCUGUCGGUGUCCACCCAGGUGUGUGUUCUCCUGAUGACUACUCUGUGACCAUGGACCUCAACAUGGCCAAACUGCUGCACCAGAAAUGGAAGGACACUGUCCAGGAGAAGCAGAGACAAGCAGCGCUCUCCUACCAUCUACUGCAAGAGAGCUCUGUCCACUGGGGCGAAUCACUGACGGCCAAAAACGGACUCAGGGACGGGUCACGCCCAGCUCACUUCCUGAUUGGUGCAGACGGCUUUGCGUCUCUGGGCGGCCAAUCGGAGGCUCAGGAUGAGGUGCCGAUCGCGGACCACUGGAGUGUGUCCCGCCCCCAUGUCUCUCUCAGAAACAUCAUGACUGAAGAACAGGCUCUACAGGAGAACAUGGAGCGGUCUCGUCAGGGUCGUGGAGAUCUGGACAGGAGAGAUGGAGCUGCCGUGUUGAAGCAGACUCAGCUCUAUGACCUGUUCCCCAGUAUAGACAGACACUUCCUGGAGGACAUCUUCAGAGACCAUAAGUAA